AUGCGCUCGUCUACUAUCUCGUUGGUACUGUGCGCGGCCAGCACUUUGGCUGUACAGAUCGACACAGAAGGCCUUCCUGACACUGGCCUUGACACCUCGAGUUGGACAACUGGAACUCUACCACCGAUUGAAGAUCUGGUUGAUGCGAACGACUUCCAGAUCGCCGCCAAGAACGUCUUGUCCGACAAGAAUUAUGCCUAUUAUCGCACAGCUGCUCUGGACGAAAUCACAUACAACGCCAACAUGCGUGACUGGGAGAAGAUUCGACUGAACGGUUUCAGCUUCACCGAUGUAUCCAUUGCCAACACAAAGACAAGCAUCCUUGGAUAUGAGUUCGAUGCACCAUUCUUCAUCGCUCCUGCGGCAAAAGCUGGCUACGCAAGCGAUGGUGCCGAAACCAAUCUUGCGAAGGCUGCUGGUGCCGCCAAUCUUCUAUACGUACCCUCUAUCUCAUCGUCGCAGUCGAUCGAAGAGAUUGGUGCAGCAGCAGUCGAGGGACAAGUCAUGUUUCAUCAAGAAUACAUUUGGUCAGACACCGCGAAGCUUCAGGAUGAGUUGACGCGGAUGGAAAAGGCGGGAUUCAAGGCCAUCUUCUUGACAGUCGACAACACGCUGCGAAACAUGACGAACCUGCCAAUCGUCCCCAAAGGUGUAAAAACUGCUCACGAUGUCAAGCUCUGUGCUGAUCUUGGCUUCCCUGCUGUGUACAUCUCGAAUCAUGGAGGUCGUGUCGUCGACUUGGCACCAACCGCUGUUGAAGUGCUUCUCGACGUUCAUCGCUUGUAUCCCGAAGUCUUUGACCAGAUUGAGAUCUAUGCUGAUGGAGGUGUACGUCGCGCAAGCCACAUCAUCACGUUACUGGCUUUGGGUGCGCGUGCGGUCGGUCUCGGUCGUGCGCCAAUGUAUGCCAAUGUCUACGGCCAGCAAGGAGUAUCGAAGCUCUUGGACAUUAUCAAGAAAGAGCUGACUACAGAGUUGUCAUUGAUUGGAGAAGCCGACUCGAACGACGUGCGAGGAAACAGAACCNUUGUCAACACCCGACGAGUUGAAUUGGAGUUCUUUGGUCGCAGCCUUCGCAAAGUCAACGCUUUGGAGUCAGGCCCUCAGAAACGCAACACCAUGUCAUCAUUCCUUCUAUUCUGCCUCGAUGAGAUUCCUGCAUCGGUAGUAACGCACUUACAUCGUUGCUUACCCCAUUACUCACGACAAUCAGNNAUUAUCAAUACUCUCCUGCAAGCGCCAAAGCACAACUUCUUCUCUCUUGUCCACGACUCGGCUCAGACGAAAUUCGACCCGUUUUGCACUUCACCUCCAAUAACCACGCCGGUCAGAAAGUUUCUGGAUCGAGAGCAAAUACGCCAAUUCAUCACAACCCGUCUUAGCGAGCCUCCAGCUGGAAGUGACUUGGAGCCAUGCCAAUAUGCCGUACUUGACGAGCGCAGUGCGUCAGACCAUACAGUCAUUCUAGCGCACUCGUGCUCGAGUUUGCAAAUGCGCGAUCCAGGGACCAUGAGCGAAGAUGAAUUAGAGCAGUGGUAUGCCGAGUGUGAGGAGCAAGAAGACGGACUGGAUGAUUCGUGGUGCGAAUGGCGUGUCGCGUUUGAAGAUGCAGAGAUGCUUUCUACUUACUUGUGCUUCGAGAGCGAUUUUACGGUCAAGCUUUAUGAUGAGGACUUUGUGGUGAUGCAUACAGAUGCUCGAGGGGUUGUUCAGAUGACGUCUGCGUAUAGAGCCUUUGUAGGUGCAGAUCUGUGA